AUGGCGGAAAGGUGGUUAAGAAGGCUAGAAUUACUGGACAAUGUCGCAAGAGAUAACAGAGGCAGGAGGAGACCAUAUAUAUUUGAUUACGGGAAAUAUGACGAGGAGCGGUUUCGAUGCAGAUACCGGGUAACUACGGCUAGAUUGCGAGAGUUACUGGAUAUAAUUAGGCCAGAAAGAUCUGCGCACAACGAGCGAGGAAAUCCCAUUCCCGCAGAUAUACAACUUUUGUUGACUCUAAGGUUUUACGUCACGG